AUGGGUUCCCGUAUCGACACCGACAUCGAGACCCUUGGUCCGCCAAACCAUGAACUUUGUUCCUCUAAAGCCUCCUAUUUGUCCCAUGGACCCUUUACGCUAGAAGAUGUCCUUUCAGUCGCCAAAACUCAUCCAUUUUACGUCCCCAAUGUCCAAUACCCGCCUGACACAGAGACCAUCAGAACUGCGCGAGACAACGCAAGCCAAGGGCAAGACGGUGCCAACUUGGAGUCACAACCGCUACUCACGAAGAAACAACUCUAUACCAUAAUUGAGCGGCUCGUACAAGACCCAAGUCCUGAAAACACGUACCGGCAUGCCGUUUAUGCCAGCAUCACUGGUGGAGGUUCCGGAUCAACACCUCUCUUCUUCGCGACAGACGUGUCCGAAAAUCGUCAACAGAGAGCUCGGUUUGGACAGUUCAUUCGAAAAACGGGAAUAAUCGAGCAUGGGGACUGGGUUCUAACAACCCACUGUUCUGGUGAACUCUACAGAUCUCUGGAUCUUGUGUUGGAAAUAUUAGAGAACGCUGGAGCCUCCGUUCUUGCUGCCGGAAACCUCAUGCCCCCAGUCGAGUUAGCCCAGCUGGUAGUCAAGUAUCAUAUCAAUGUGCUUGCCGGGGACAGCAGCCAAGUCGUUCAAUUCGUGCACUAUGUGUCAACAUUACCACGAGAAGAGCGGCAGAAGAUUCAACUGAACAAGAUAAUUUACACCUCAGAAGUACUGACUGCUGCGCAAAGAAUGCACAUCAUCACGACCCUUGGCCAAGUCAAGAUCUGCUCCAUUCUGGGUAGUGCUGAAUCCGGUGCUUGGGCAAUCAACCACCCGGAUCUUGUGGAGAAGAGAGCACCCAGUAGCGCUGCAGACUUCAUCUUUGACACACGCACAAUGCUCGUGGAGGUUGUACCUCCCGCUCUAGCAGAGGGAGGCUCUCCUACAGAUUACCCUCCUGUGCCAGAUGGUCAACGAGGUGUCAUCGUGCAGACGUCGCUGUCUCGUCUGCGCAACCCUCUGGUGCGUUAUAACACCGGCGAUGUUGGGUCAUUACACCCUCUUCCUGACCAUGCCCGGCCGCUUUUACCGGAAAGUGACUGGCCGUAUCUGCGGGUUCUUCGACUUGAAGGGCGUGAUGGCCGUUUUAGCUUCGACUGGGACGGCGAAUACAUUGACUUUUCCGACCUGACCAAGCUGAUUACCGCUGAAGAAUGUGGGGUUCUGCAAUGGCAAACUGUUCUGGAUACGAUGCAGCCCUCGCUGGAGUCGUCUCUGGAAUUUCGGCUGCUUACAUCGCCGCGAACCGAAGGGCUUCUGUCUCUUGAAGACCUUACUCAGCGACUAAGGAAAUUCGUCCAUGCGUAUUCUUCAAAUGAGCACCGCUUUUUCGUCACGUUUGUUCAGGAUCUGAAUGGGUUUGAACUGAGCAAGUCUGGUAGAAAGGUCAUCAAGUUUAUAGAUCGUUACAACUAG